AUGUCAAUUUUUUACACCAACUGCUUCAGAACAUCUCUUAAUACUUCAAACAGCUGCGAAGACAAUCCCUUGCACAUUGCUUCAACCUCUGGCCAUGUCAACUUUGUUAAGGAGAUGAUAAGUUUGAAACCAAGUUUUGCCAAAGAAGUUAAUCAACAUCGCUUUAGUCCCCUCCACUUCGCUUCUGCCAUUCGGAACUUGAAGGUGGUGAAGGAGCUGCUAAAACGUGACAGAAAACUUUGCCAGUUAGAGGGAAGAAAUAGAUGGACGCCUCUUCAUUAUGCAGCAAGCAGAGGCAGGGUAGAAAUCAUAAGAGAAAUGGUGGUAGCUUGUCCAGAGAGUACCAAAGUUGUGAAUGUUCAGAAAGAAACCGCUUUGCGUCUUGCUAUUAAGAACAGCCAAUUUGAUGCAGUUGGUGAUUCUAUUGAGAUUGUAGAAUUCUUAGUUGGUACAAAAACUAAUGCAUCGAACUGGUUCUUAGUAAAUGCUGUUAACCAGAGUGGUCUGACAGCACUUGAUGUUCUGCUCAGUUUCCCAAGCGAAGCAGGGAUAGAGAAAUCGAGGAGAUCCUUCGGAACACAGGAGUGCAGAGAUUCAACAAGCAAUGCUCGUAAUGCACUAUUAGCUGUAGCAAUAUUAGUAACAACAGCAACAUUUCAAGUUGGACUUAACCCUCCAGGACGUAUUUGGCAGGACAAAGACUUAAAUGGGACUGCCACAACUCAAUCAGCAGCAGCAUAUUUGUUGAAAUUUCAAAUCUGUGUUGGUGCAAUCUACAGUACAUACGAUAUUGCAAUGAUCUUCAUUGCACCAAAGGGCAUUGAGCUAUUCCUCGUUUUGGUUUUGUCUGUUUUACCAGCUAUAAUGCCAUGGAUAGCCUGGCUGAUUAGGCUACUUGUAAAGAUGGUUAGGGACUUGUCAUAUAUCAGAAGCACAGAGCCACUUUAA